AAACAACGUCUCUCUCUUUCUCUGUAUGGCUGUGAAUCCAGCGAGGUGAGCUUGGCACAGGAGAGGGACUGUCUUGGUUUGCGCGCAGUUUGCAGACAGAUUUGCGAGCGAGCCGUGCUGGAAUAUAUUCAGGGGUGAAGAACCGAAGGAGAAAGGGCGAAACCCUCCUACAGCCUGCGCUUUCUUCUCUCUCUCUCUCUUUCUCUCUGUCUCUAUCUCUGGACGCAAGGACUUGGGCAAAAUGGUUUUUCCGAAAUCUCAGUGACUGCGAUGUCAGCACCUCUCAUCUACCGCUUGUGGAGCACAGACUGAAGAAAUACACGUACUGAGAAAAGAAAAAAACACGUUAGUCGGGUCAGGUGGUUUUCUCUUGAGAGAGCAGCCGUUCAUUCACGGCGCACUGAAUUCAAGUAGCACUCGCCCCUGGCAGCUGAAGAUGACGUUACUAUGGAAACAGUUUUUGCUGCUAUCAAUCAUGGAGUAUCUUGCAGAGUGUGUGGAUUAUAAGUCUUUCAAUGGGCCGAAAUGGCGAAUGGAGCCCAGUGAUCUGACAGUGGGCUCACUAGAGGAAGAGGCAACACUGGCCUGUGACGCAAAGGGCAUUCCUUCCCCUCAGUACAGGUGGUCUCUGAACGGCACAUUGAUUAAUCUCAGUACCGAAUCCCGUCGGCGGCUAUCUGGGGGAAAUUUGGUCAUUAGGAGUCUGGACCGUGCCCAGGAUGGAGGAAUAUACCAGUGCACUGCCUUCAACCCACAGGGAGCAAUUCUUAGCAGAAGAGCGAGCCUCCAGUUUGCAUACUUGAAUUUAAAAACUCAAACGAGAAGUGCUGUCUCUGUGCGAGAAGGCCAGGGGGUCGUUUUACUUUGUGGUACACCAUCAUAUGCAGGAGAUCUCUCAUUUGCAUGGGUCUUUAAUGAGUACCCUUACUUUGUUCAGCAAGACAAUCGUCGCUUUGUCUCUCAGGAGACGGGAAACCUUUACAUCGCCAAAGUCGAGCCCUCAGAUGUGGGUAACUACACGUGCGUGGUGGUAAACCGCAUCACUAAAGGCAAAGUCCUCAGCUCCCCAACCCCUCUGGUAUUACGAACCGAUGGCAUAAUGGGUGAAUAUGAGCCGAAAAUAGAGGUUCAUUUCUCUGAUAUGGUUCCAGCUGCAAAGGGAUCAGUUGUGACACUGGAGUGUUUUGCUUUGGGGAACCCAGUUCCAGAGAUAACGUGGAGGAGAGCGAAUGGAGUGCCGUUUCCCAGCAAGGUGAAGAUGAAGAACUCAAAUGUAGUUCUGGAGAUUCCCAGUUUCCAGCAGGAGGAUGCCGGAGGCUAUGAAUGUGUGGCUGAGAACAAGAUGGGAAAGAACACAGUGCAAGGACGACUGUCUUUCCAUGCAAAGCCUCAGUGGGUUCAGACGAUGCGAGACAAUGCGUUGUCAAUCGAAGAGAGAUUGUUCUGGGAGUGUAAGGCCAAUGGGAAGCCCAAGCCUUCAUACAGCUGGCUGAAGAAUGGAGAACUCCUGGCAGCAGAGGACAGGAUCCAGAUAGAGAACGGAGCCCUGACAAUCAGCUCCGUAAACCUCUCAGAUGCUGGCAUGUAUCAGUGUGUCGCUGAGAACAAACACGGAAUCAUUUAUUUUGGUGCCGAAUUGGUGGUGUUAGCCUCGCCCCCAGACUUUUCCAGAAGCCCUCUCAGAGCUCUGCUUAAAGCCAAGACGGGCAGCACAGUCACCAUGGAGUGCAGGCCGCAGGCUUUUCCCACAGCCAUCAGCAUGUGGAGGAAAGGCAACGAACCGGUGCAGAGCUCAGAGAGGAUAACUUUACUCCCUGAUGGAACACUUAGAAUUACAAAUGUGACCAAGAUAGACGGGGGAAACUACGCUUGCUUGGCUAGAAACCAGUUUGGUGCGGCCAGCACUACAGGAAGACUACUGGUCACAGAUCCCACACAAAUCAUCCAGGGUCCAGUGGACAUGGAGAUCAUUGUUGGGGAGAGCAUCGUACUGCCCUGCCAGAUCUCCUGUGACCCUGCUCUGGAGGUUUCAUUCUCCUGGGCCUUCAAUGGGCAGCUCCUCAAUAAACUAGACCAACAUUAUGAGCAUGUGGGUGGGAGUACAUCUGGUGAUUUGAUGAUACGGAAUAUACAGCUGAAACACGCCGGAAAGUACGUCUGUGUGGUCGAUACGGAUGUCGAGAGUUUAUCAGCGGCGGCUAUUUUAAUCGUGAAAGGUCCCCCAGGAGCUCCAGAUGGUGUAACGGUGGAGGAGAUCACAGACAGCACGGCUCAGCUUUCUUGGAGACCUGGCCAGGAUAACGGCAGCCCCAUCACAAGCUAUAUCAUCCAGGCCAACACAGCUUUCACAGUGGGCUGGCAAGCGGUGAACACGGUCCCGGAGGUGAUUGAUGGGAACACCUUGACAACAACGGUGGUGGAUCUGAAUGCAUGGGUGGAGUAUGAGUUCAGAGUGCUGGCCAGAAACAGCGUCGGCGUGGGGGAACCGAGUCCUGCUUCUCUUAAAACAAGAACUGAAGAUGCAGUUCCUGACACGUCCCCCACCGAUGUCGGAGGUGGGGGUGGCUCCAAGUCAGAGCUAGUAAUAACAUGGGAGCCUGUGCCUGAAGACCUGCAAAACGGAGAUGGUUUCGGCUACAUCAUCGCUUUCCGGCCACUGGGGGAGGUCAACUGGACACACGCCGUCACCUCCAUACCAUCCCAGUCCCGUUACGUGUACCGGAACGAGAGCAUCCCACCCUUUUCUCCAUUUAGCGUCAAAGUGGGUGCCUACAACACCAAAGGCCAGGGACCGUUCAGCCCCGUUACCAUUGUGUUCUCAGCUGAGAAUGAGCCCAGUGGCGUUCCAGACGGCGUGUGGGCCAGAAGCAUUUCUGCCACUGAAAUUGAAGUGAGCUGGCACAUUCUCAGCGCUUCCCCAGAAAGAGUGUUGGGCUAUGAGGUGGUGUACUGGGAGGACGAUACAAAACCAGAGACCAUGGGCAAAGUCAGAGUGUCUGCCAAUCAGAACAAGGUUAACAUCAGCGGUCUGAGAGGAUACACUCAGUAUUUCCUGACAGUGAGUUCUUUCAACACAGCAGGAACUGGCCCUCUUUCUCCCACCAUCAAUGUGACCACCAAGAAGUCCCCACCCGGGCAGCCACCUUUGAACGUGGAGUGGAAUCUGAUUGGCUCUAAGCUCACUGUUCAUUGGGAGCCUGUCAUUUCUCUGGAGAUGGAGUCAGAUGUUACCGGGUAUCAGGUGUCCUACAGAAGGAACCGGCAUAAAGAAAUUAACACAAUAACAACAAAUCUGACCUCAGUGGAGCUCACGCUACCUGCAGAUGAUGAUUACAUCAUUCAGAUACGAGCGCUGAGUGACGGAGGAGAAGGGAUGCCAACCGAACCCAUCAACAUACAUAAACUUAGUAUGAGCGUACGAGGGUCCAGAGCCUGGCGACCCAACACCAUCCCAGUCUCCUUGCUUUCUAUCAUCGCGUUAUCGACACUGCGACCGGCUUUGUGUUAACGGUCCGAAGGAUCGAACAUCCUCUGACCGGUUUGAUUGCCUGCACUCUUCCUCGCCGUGGAAUCGUUGGAGAGGUGCACCAAAACACUUUUGAAGAGAGAUUAUCGAUCUAUCUCUCCAUAGUUAUCUGAGGCAAUGCCCAGCGAGGCCUUCAAGGAGCGUAACGGGAAAACGUCAGCGUCACGGUGGUCAGAUUUCAUGUGCAUGUGUUAUGUACUGUGUAUCAUUGUGUCCUUGCAAGUGAUCCGAGACCCUAACAAGGUUUCAACCGAAGGUUUUUGAAGCGUAUUGGUGUAUGAGGAGGGAUGAGUCAUGUUACUGCACUAAGAUUUCACCUUCUCAUUGAUCAUCCGUCGGAACAAAUGCCUUACUUCCAUGUACAUGCCAAAGUAGUUAACAUCCUUUUACUUCUUACUAAGCUACUGUUUGUUAAACUUAUGAUUGUUUUGUAGUUAUCACAUCAUUAAUUGAAGGAUUAGUUCACCCAAAAAUCAUUUACACACCCUCAUGUUGUUGUCAUGUGACUUUAAUUGGCUGUGGGACACAAAGUGCGAUUUUAAAGAAUGUUGCUAUGAAUGGAGAGAGAGGCCUUUUAAAGUAAUAGUUCACUCAAAAAUGAAAAUU